UCGAGAAUUACUCGGAGCACGUUCGUCUCCGUCGACGCGUACGUACACGGGAUAGAUAAUUCGCUUUAAAAUUCUGAUUCGAAUAGAAAUCUGAAGAGCUUGUACGGAUUCGUGAUACGUAUAUUCCGCGGAAGGGUCGAGCCAGUCCAACAUCGGUAGGUGGUGAAACCAGGGGGAUAUCGAUGAGUUCUAAUGUCAUUAGAACACUCGUACGGCUUCUGAGCCGCCCAAAUACCACCUGGAUACCCUAAACACCCUGAAACUGCUGAACUGGUUCUCCGUUUCACGACGAAGUCUCAACCAGGUCAAACGCGAGAAAGAAAAACUAUUCGCGAUUCGUUUUUAAAAAUUAGCUCGAAAGCGAUUCACGGAGGCUGUCACCUUUUAUUUUAAAAGCGGAAAUAAUAUCGUCCCGCGCGGUCCAAUAUUCUCCGGGCUGACGGUUGCUCUAUUUUCCCCGGUUACAUCAAGGUGCAGCAACCGUGCACUCGAUAUAUUUAUUCGUAGAGCAAAGGAGAGGGUACCUGUACGCUCACGGGGUGAGUCAGCCCGUAUAUAUUUCGGCGGGUCGAGUGGUUCUCGUCAAAAGGAAGUGUUUCCCGCUGAGUCAACUACGAAAUCCCGAAACUGCAUGCACCGGGUGUCUUUCGCAACCGUGGCCCCUCCCUCCUGAUCCGUUUAAAGAUAUCAUUCGUUUUUAUUCGACACGAAAAUUCUGUUUCACUUUACAACGUUUAAACAUCUUAUCUGGCUUGCAAACACAUAAAUAAGAGGUACUUCUCGGACAAAAAGGGUGGUUUCUCUCUCGAAAUAGCACCAAAUAUAGCAAUAUUUUUAUGACGAUCCGAUAAAUAUUUGCACAGAGUUUCGUCGAUAUCGGUGUAUACCACUUUCCUGGUUAGAUUAAAUAGCCUCUGAUAGUGGUCAAAGAGUGUAAUAAAGUGUCUUUACUUUAAAAAAAAAGGCACGAAAAUAGCGCCAAUGAAAUACCACAAUAUUAUUCUUAGACUGAUCGGAUAAAUAUUUGCAAAUCUUCCCAAAUUUUCUUGGUUAGAUUAAAUAAAUUCACUUCCGUAAACAAAGAAAUAAAUGGCCGCUGAUACUAGUUAAAGAAUGCAAUAAAGUCUUCAUUUCAUUUUCAUUUUGAUAUAAAGAAUUGCUUAUCGACUUUGAAUUGAAAAAAAGGGUAUCGUAAUUCCGGUCGAUCGUGAAAAAUGGAGGCGCGCGAAAGUUGUGACCCGGGCGUUAAACUCACCGUGAACCUUUUAGGACUCCGUGUUUCGUCUGCGGCGUCCCCGUAUGUAUUUCGAACGCGAUCACGUCGCGAUAACGAUAAAGAGUUAACCGAUGAUCCCCGCGUCGUCUGUCGGGAGGAUUAACGAGUUUUGGUAGAUAAUAGGGAAAAUAUAGAGCAUAACGUUCGGUGUACUACCGGUAGAGCCGGACGCCAAAAGCUCGCUCCGGGACGAUCUAUUCAUAGCGAGGAGUGUACCAAAACAGGGACAGGACCGAUUUCUGUCAUCACUCGACGACACUACUGUACCUCAAGCCACUUUAUAGACCGGUCGUAAAACUUGGAGAAGCAUUGCUAGCGUUCCUGCGGCGAAUUCGGAGUCAACAUUUUCAUCGUAGAAUUUUUAUUUCGUGGUUCCACUCCCCCCCCCGGACACGCUCCUCCGUUAUCCAUCGACGCCGCACCGUCUGAAACUACUUUAUAGAUCGCUCGUAAAGCUCUAGGACCCCUUGCACACGUUCCUACGAACAUUCUCGACUUGGAAAUUUACAUCGCGAGCGGCUCGUGCUGCGAAGUCGCGCUGGAGGCAUAGUAAUCAGGACUUUUUUACCUUUUAGUCGUUCAACGACUUCGUUUACCGGAUAAACGUACGCGAACGGAGUGUACCUAUCGAGGCGAGGUUCGGCGAUUAAAAGGUUUUAACAGGUUUUCCCAUAAGAUCGCGUUUAAAUUAGUUUUUUACGUCUGAUUGUUGUGGGACGACUCGAUAUAUGGAUAACAUUGGUCGUUCGCGCCUGGAUUGAUAUUUUCACCGCGUUUGAUUGGAACACACAGAGGCGUUAAUAGUAGAAAAAUGUAUGAGCCUAUCGGCGUUCCAGUCGUCGGGGAUAUCGCUCGGAGAAACGCCUAACAGAAGUUAAAAAUACGCUUAUGUACACACACGCUCGGUAUUUUCUUUUCUGUUUUUCACGCGAGGAAACGAUUUAAGAGCUGCAGGCGGCAUAGCGCUUCUCUCGGCCAGGGUUAUUUUAAACAUUUGUUAGCCACGAGCGAUCGCGCCGCGGAUUCGUAGUCACCGCUAAGAGCCGGGGUCCGUUUUGCAUGCCCGCAUAGAUCGAAAGCGACUGUUCGCGCGGAAAGAUUCAGCGUCCCGAUAAAAUCGUAGGAAGAUACAGUUUCUCGUCACGACGCUACCUGAGCCCCGGUGUCCACGGUGCGACUGUCCGAGGAUCCAGGCGCGCCAUAAUGGCGGAGGUGGCGACGAAGAAAUCGAUCAACGUCGUAAGUAGCAAGAAGAGCGAGGUGUGCGGUGUGCAAUCUAACAACGGUUUGCUAGAUUUGGAUAACAUAACCGCGAGUAACAACCAAUUAAUCACGUUGUGCGACACCAACGACGACGAGGACGACCUAAUUCUGACUAACAACACGCGCAACGAGCUAGACAGCGACGACAAGAGCCUGCAGGAGCUGAUCGAGAGCGAGCUGGCGCUGAGGAUCUGCUCCAGCAACGAGGAGGACGCGUCGGUGGACGCGGACGACCGGCAGGAGACGUCGAACGAGCCGGAAACGGUGAAGAGGAUCGUGCUGGACAGGCGACAGGACACCGUGGACGCGAACACGGAGUUCAUCGUCGCGGAGACCGAGCACUGUUCGCUGAUCGAGGAGCCGUACAGUUAUCAGAACGGUCACGUGUCACCCGACACCAAGAUCUCGGGUUCCGUGUACGAGGAGAACGCGAAGCCGGAGCCGAUCGCGGUAGGCUUCCGGGACGAGGAGGAGCAGGUAUUCGACGAGCAACCGGAAGUUAGCGACGCGAUCGUCGUUCAGAAAACAACGACCGACGAGAUCGAUCCGUCGACGCGCGACACCGCGGACGAUGGCGGCUCGUUCCCGCGAAACGAGGACGACCAAGACCCGUGCCCGACUUACCCUGUCCUUCGGACGACAGAGGCCGCGGAGAAACCGCCGGAAGCGGUGGACAUGACCAACGAGUCCUUCGAGCCGGGACGCGAGUCCCUCGCUGAACAGAUCACCGCCACGCCCGUCGACAAGUACCAGGACGAGGAAGAGGUUCAGUCGAAGCUGGUGGAGUUCGCGGAGACGGACAUCGUGCAGGCAGACUCUGUCCCCGUAGACGACGAGGAACCGCCGCGAUUGAUCGACGACUUGGACGUCUGGAUGACCGCCAAACAGUCUGACCGGUGUUUCUACAACCUCGACGAAACACUGUGCCAGCCUAACCUCGAAAAGCCCAGCGACCCCUUCGAGACCGUAAUGGCGGAGUCCGGGAAGGAGCAGGACGUGGACGGUAACGAGUUUCCGGCGGAGGAGGAGUGCAAGGUAUCCUUGGACGACAAGUCCUCCAGCUCGAUCGACGAGAAGAUUCCGGAGGACCUCGAGGAGUGCCCGAUGCCCGGGAAGCCCGUCGAGGAAGAGGAAGAAGAGACUCGCGGCUCGCCGAUCGUCCAAUCGAGGAGCUUCGAUGAUGGCACGCUGAGCCAAUCGGAGGCGUCCACCGACGCCGCCAGCACUCAGGAGUUCAUAGACAUGGAACGACGCGUGCUGAGCGAGGAAUGCGCCGAGGACCAGCAGUCGAGCGACGCCGUCGAGCCUCGGACGAGGAACUCUCUUGGCGACGACGAGGAUGUCGACGCCAAGGAGGAGGAAAUGAAAGAGGAAACGAACGAGAACGCGGACGAGCAGAACGCGAUCGCCGAGUCGUCCAGCGAGCUGUCCGUGUCCGAGGCGACGUUCAUCGAGAAGACCGAGGUGGUGAUAUCCGAGAGCAGCGUGACCAUUUUCUCGGAGACCAAGUGCCUCGAGGCAGGAAACGACUCGGAACCGGCGCUCGAGGACCACCAGGAGAACCUCGAAUCGCCUCCACGCGCCCCGCUUGCCACCCCCGACGACGAGGCCAGCGACUCUUCCAACUCCUGCGACAGUGAGAGCCGCGAGGAGACGAUCACAACGACGGCGUCGGUGGUCACCUCGUCGAGCGCGAAGGGUGGAAGCAAGACGAAGAAGAAGAAGAUCGAGGGCGUUGCCGGGAACGAUGCCUCGCCGAACCUUACCCCGCGUACAAAGAAGACCAAGAAGAGCAAGAAAAGCGAGCUCGAGAAGGAGAACAUUUCCGUGAACUCUAACUUGCGAGAGCCGAGCAUGCACACCGGUUCCCGGCAAAUGCAUCCGGAAACGCACGAUUUCUCGAACGAGGACGAUCUGUCGAACGUGAACGUCAAGUCUCUGACACAGACAUAUGUAUCGGAGGCGACUCGACACGAGCAGGAUCGAUCUAUGAAGGAAAAGAUUGCAACCGGCGUGUCGAUCAAGCAGUUGUGUCGUAGCUUUGGCGACAUCUCGAGCAUGAGCGACGGCGAUCAGACGGCGUACGGGAAAGCCAAUCACACGAUGGAGACCGAGGAGAAAGCAAGGUCGCUGGGUGAUCUGCGAUUAUGCGAGAAGGGUUACUCCAAGUUCACCAAAGACGCGCUCGUCUUCACCGGGGUGUCGGUCAAGGCCCUCAGGGCUUCCUACUGUAGUUUGGCAAACUUAACGAGCGAGGGUAAGGACACGGAUCGGCCGAGGUUCGAGAAGUCGAGCUUCAAUAAAUUCGACGCUCUGAGCAAGAAGACGGUCCUCCACGUGCGCUCGAUCGACGCGGGCAAAGUUCAACAGCAGCUGAACGCCCAGGUGGCACAGAAUGGCGAUACGAAUCCAAACUGCCGGAGUUGCGGCAAGGUCGUCUUCCAAAUGGAACAGACAAAGGCCGAGGGUCUGGUCUGGCACAAGAAUUGCUUCCGGUGCGUCCAGUGUAGCAAGCAGCUUAACGUCGACAAUUACGAGAGCCACGAGAGCACGCUUUACUGUAAGCCACACUUCAAGGAGCUCUUCCAACCGAAACCGGUUGAAGAGUCCGACCAGCCUGUGCGACCUCGAAAGCCGGAGCUGAUCAUUAGGGAGAACGAGCCGAAAGAGCUGCCGCCCGAUGUGGUCAGAGCCUCCGACAAACCGGACCUGGGUCUCGCAGAACUGUCGAGCCUGAACGUGAAGUCCCGGUUCCAAGUAUUCGAAAAGGCUGGCGCGGAGGCGAACGAGAUCGAAAGGUCGCCGUCGCAGAUCGCGGUGAAGAGGUCACCCAGCAUCCUCAGCAAACUCGCCAAAUUCCAGGCCAAAGGCAUGGAUAUCGGAGUGGCGGACGAGUCGCUGAAUGGAAUCCCUUACGAGGAGUCGAGCGAGAGCGAGGAGGAGGAGGAAAUCGAGGAGUCGGAGGAGGUGGACAGCGAGAUCGUGAAGGCGAAACGCUCGACCCGCGAGCGUCCCAUAAGCUUCACCAAAAUGGACGACAUAAAGAACCGCUGGGAGUCGACCAGCCAGCAGGGGAGACGCGAGGUGCAACGCGAGGCCAGGAAAGAGGAGAUCGCCGGGAUUCGUUCGCGGCUGUUCAUGGGCAAACAGGGUAAAAUGAAGGAAAUGUACCAGCAGGCGGUAGCCGGAAGCGAGCGCGUGACGAAGAUCAAUGCGGCGGAGGAGAUCCAGCACUCAGCCACCCACGCUCGCUCCAUCAAAGAACGAUUCGAAAGGGGCGAGCCCAUCGCCGCCUCCGACGACGAGACGGACGGUAAACCGAAACCGGAGAAGGCAGACGAGGAAGUGAUCGCAGCAGGAAUCAGCAGGAAAUCUAGAUCGCUGUUCUUGGAACUGGACGCCUCUGCGGCGAAGACCGGACGACCCGUGACCCCCGUGAACCCCAAGACGCCAGCGGAGACGCCGCGACGCGCGAGAGACGCAUUCAUGGGACGCCAAGUCUCGGACGAUGUGGUGCGCAGCUCGGACACCACCGAGGAGGUACAAGUCGAGACCUCGGACAUAUCGAACAAAUUCAAAUUCUUCGAGUCGUACAAGGAACCGCAAAAAGAACGGAAGAAGUUCCGUAUUACCCCUCCGCGCGACGGUCAAGUCAAGCAGAUGGAGUCUCCGGAACGUGAAAUCUACCGAGACCCUGACGUGGUCAGGGCCGACGACAGGGUGGACAAGUUCGUGCACAGCGACACCGCCAGGAAGAUGCUCUCGAUCUUCAGGCAAAUGGAGAAAAACGCUACCAAGACGGAGCUGCCAAACGGCCCCAAGCCUCUGAAGCGUUUCACUCCGCCUCCAGAGGACAAAUUCGCGAAACCAACAGCCUCGGACUCCGAGGAGGAGGAGGAAGAGGAAGGCGACGAGUCCGAAGGCGAGGACAGCAACGAGGAAAGGGAUCCCAACUACGUGCGAGCUUCCGAUAAGGUGGAGGACGAGUUCCUGAAGCAGGCGCAGAACGCUGCGCGCGCAAAGACCCUGUGCGCGAAAUUCGAACACUGGGACGAGACGGACGGAAAGACGGCGGCGGGCAACCAGAACAUAGCGGAGAUGGAGAUCGCCCAAAAUACCGGCGACCAGCUCAGCAUAGAGUCGGCGAGCAGUCUCAGAGCUCGCUUCGAGUCCCUCGGCUCGCAACCGACCGAAUCUCCCCGCACACCGAAGGUCAAGGUCAAUCGAUUCGUGGAGAUUCAGGCGAGCUGCACGGACGUGUGCGAGAGCUGCGAAAAGAAAGUGUAUCCCCUCGAAAAGGUCGAGACGAAUAACAAAAUCUUUCACAAACAGUGCUUCCGGUGUCUGCAUUGCAAUUGCGUGCUGAGGAUGGACACGUUCACCUUAAACAACGGUAAACUCUACUGUAUCCCGCACUUCAAGCAGUUGUUCAUCACGAGGGGUAACUACGACGAGGGUUUCGGCGUGGAUCCGCACAAGAACAAGUGGACAACGACCACGAGCAACCCGACGAGUCCGUCGCCGAUCGCGGUCUCGAACGGCGAUCUUUGAUUCGACGCGAGAAUUAGAGUCGCGAUUAGGAGAAAAAGAAAAAAAGAGAAACACGCGUGCGAGCGCGCGCGCCGAGCCGGCAUGUAAAUUCACGACGAGCGAGAACGGAAAUCGGUUCGGGGAACCCCGAGAAACCCACGGAAAAUUAUUUCUAGCUCUCCAAAGACGACCGCCAACCCCCUUAUUCCCGGGCUUCAUUGCGGUGGAUCCAUCGAUCGGACUAAAUUGCGAUCCCAACGGAGUACGCCUCGAUCACCGACUCCCCCCCCCAAAAGAGUCUCGCGACCCAAGGACCUCGUUUUUCGUCCUACACCCUUUGCUGUCCUCUCAUUUUAAGUAUUUUAUUUUUUACCUCUAGACCCUAUUGCCAAUGCCCUAUUAUAAAUUUCGCUUAAAUAUUUGUUAUAAUUAUUAUUAUUACUAUUAUUAUUUUUUACUUGUAUAACUCUUGGUAUUAUUUUAUUAUAUGUGUUGUAUAAUACAGAAUUUCAAUGCGCUUUAUAAAUUCACUGUUAACGGUAAUUAUUAAUCCUGUUCGGACGACACGAGCGUCGAUAAUUAACGUUGGACCCGAUGCUACAAUAUCCCAGGUACACGUUUACUUCUUUUUUAACCAAGCGUUCGUCGGAAUGUCCGGUGUGAAUCUUUUUUGUUGUGUUUCGUAGCGUUCGGCCACUGACUCGGUAAGUAUCGCAGGAUGGCGAGAACCGUCGCAGUCCACGUCCAAUCGUGCUAAAUAAGUAAGCUAAAUAAUUAAGAGCAGCGAGACCUCGAUCGAACGGAUUUCCGUCUAGAGUUUUACGUAAGUUACACGACAUUUUGAUUUCUUUCCUGUAUCAUUCUUGAAUUACAUUCGCGACGAACCUACGUACACGCUGUUUCUUUAUCGUCGUUACCAAACAAAAUGGAUCGUAUUUAAAAAUAUGCAAUCUGUUAUCGCUCGCUUUCGAAUAAAAUAAAUAUUUUUUUUCCAUCGUUAACAAACGAAAUACACAAUUCGUUAUUGCACGGGUUUUCGGUCUCGUGUAAACUCUAUUUUACGGACAUUCGGAUUUAUCUGGCACCUCCUUCCCUCCCCAAUUAGUCCGCUAAAUCGAGAUUCUACUGUAAAUCGGUAUUUCGUGGUUAGUUAUAUUCCUCUCCCGUGAUAUCGCGUCGAAUAUAUCGUCCAUUAUCAGCGAAGUCACGCACACUCCAACAAUCGCUGCGUCCCUCAACGAUUAUUUCGUACUAAAUGUCCGGAACGUCUUGCGUCGAAUAUCCGGCAUGGAAGUAUUCCCUGUUUAAUUAGAAGCGCGGGAAUUAACGUGCCCAUUAACCAUCGUGAU